CUCUCUCUCUCUCUCUCUCUCUCUCUGCCUGUCUCUUUACCGCUGCCCACAGUGAUGGGGGGCGAUACGAGCUGUCUCCAUAGGCAUGUCCGCGUCCGAUUCUAGCGCAGCGCUGCUCAGCUGCAAGAGUUCUGCUGAUUCCUACACGAGUAGACCAUCGGAUUCCGACCUGUCCCUGGAGGAGGACAAGGAGGCGUCUCGGCGUGAGGCCGAGCGCCAGGCCCUGCUCCAGCUCGAGAGAGCCAAGAUCAAACCUGUGGCAUUUGCAGUGAGAACCAAUGUCAGCUACUGCGGGGCUCUGGAUGAAGACUGUCCGGUUCAGGGUGCUGCCAUCAACUUUGAGACCAAAGAUUUUCUACAUAUAAAAGAGAAGUAUAAUAAUGACUGGUGGAUCGGGAGGCUGGUGAAGGAAGGGGCAGAUAUUGCCUUCAUCCCCAGCCCUGUUAAACUGGAGGCCAUGCGGAUCAAGCAGGAACAGAAAGCAGCUCAGAGGAAAAUGGGCGGGAAUGCUUCAUCUGGUGGCUGGAGGUCUACUCCUCCUUCUGCAGCCAAACAGAAGCAGAAGCAGACAGAGCACGUUCCACCCUAUGAUGUAGUUCCAUCCAUGAGGCCUGUUGUUCUGGUUGGCCCCUCGCUGAAAGGCUAUGAGGUGACUGAUAUGAUGCAGAAAGCCUUGUUUGACUUCCUGAAACACAGGUUUGAUGGGAGGAUUUCUAUCACACGGGUGACUGCAGAUCUGUCUCUGGCCAAGAGGUCUGUACUGAACAAGAAAGCUAUCAUGGAGAGGUCAAACAUGCGCUCCAGUCUGGCGGAGGUGCAGAGUGAGAUUGAGAGAAUAUUUGAACUGGCUAAAAGCUUGCAGUUGGUGGUCUUGGAUGCAGAUACUAUCAACCACCCCGCACAGCUUCUCAAGACCUCCCUCGCUCCCAUCAUUGUCUAUGUCAAAGUGUCCUCUCCAAAGGUUCUUCAAAGACUCAUUAAGUCCAGGGGGAAAUCUCAAAGCAAACAUCUCAACGUGCAAAUGAUGGCAGGAGAUAAACUAGCACAGUGUCCACCAGAAAUGUUUGAUGUUGUACUGGAUGAGAAUCAGUUAGAGGAUGCCUGUGAACACCUGGCCGAAUAUUUAGAUAUAUACUGGCGUGCCACUCACCUGCCAGGCUCCGCCCCCCUGAACCCUAUAGUGGAGCAAAAUAUAGUUACACCACCCUCAGCCAACUCUAGCCAACAGUUCUCAGAGACGCAGGAGCUCAUUGAAUGAGAACUACCACAAAUAAGGAGUGAUACAGAAUAUUCCAGAAAGACCCUUAGAAUAUUCCUCAAAGGCCAGCCACUCACUGCCCCAGAAUGAGAUGGGGCUCGGAGCAGCUGCCCACUGAUGAGAAAGAGGAGGAAUGGAGGGAUGGAGAAUGAGUUGAGGGUCAGUGGAGAAGUGGACCGAUCCCAGCCUCACUGAGAGUGAUGACACACACCCUCCCCUGCACUAACACAUGUGUCCUUUACAUCUCAGGAGCGCUCAGCUGCAGGCCUUCAGCCAACGCACACACACUGCUAUACACACAUUCAACUGGUCUGAGAUCAACAGGGGUUUCCCCACUCACCGCUUGGUGGUCCCGUCUGUUCGCAAGGUUUUGCCAGCCUGCCUCUUAUUUCUGGAGUGAGGCUGGCACUGACAUCAGAGCAUCCAUACCAUAUCCUCACAUAGAAGGGCACCACAAGCCACUAACAUCCUCUCAUAUGACUACCAGUCCCCUCACUCAGUCUCCACCUCCUGCAUCGCUUUUGGUUUGUUUUCAAGGUUUAUUAUGACCUUUUGCACAGUACACUUCAUUUCAAUGAAUCGUCAAAUAUCAUUUACUCAUAACUAAUAACCCUAAAAGCUUUAUGUAGCACAACCCGCAAAUGACUAAUUCAUAUACUGAAAUCACACUUGGGACAUUUUGUAACUGCACACAUUUUUAUUUUCCAUUAUAUCCUGUUCCACUCUGCAUUGUGUCCACUGGAAACGUUCAGACGUUCAAAUCAACUAGUAACUUGUCAGUAUUUCCAACCGCAUUGCACUAACAUCACUUUUUCAGAUCAGUGAAAAGCAGACCACAUGAAUGUUUGCACAUCUUUUGCCUAGAUCUCAGAAUUGCACUAAACAGCCUAACAUUAUUUAUUUUGUCCAACAGUGGUUCUCAACUGAGAGCUCGCAGGUCUGUUUUAAUUAGAUACAGACAGCAGGUGAUAAAAUUAUGCUAAAUGGACGGAAAAAAUGCAACUAAUUUUAUUAUCAUGCAUAGUUAGGAUGACAAGACUUGUUUAGUUUUAAAAAGAAAAUUAAACCUAUAAUCAAACUAUAUGGCAUUUUACCUAUAACUGGGUAAAUUAGGUAAAUACUAACAUGGAUCCAUUGGAUGACAUGUUCUCAUCCUCAAAAUCCUAAACAAAUAUUCCCCAAAACAUAUUUUGUAAUUAUUAUUUGUACUGAAGUGAAACAUUGCUUGUGCACCAAUGUUUUUUUCUGAACUAUUAAUUUUUGAUUAUUUUAUUAUGUUAUUAUAUUUUAAUGUUUGAUUUAAAGAAUAUUUUACAAUUCUUUUGUGCCAUAAAUUAUUUUGUUGCUGUGUUGGAUCAGUCGUAGUAAAACGUUGAGAACCAAUGGUUUGAAUUACAGUGACAUCUAGUGGAUUUGUUUGGAAGUACAAAAGUGAGACCCUUGCAAACAUCUUUUUCACACAGUCUAACUGUACAUAAUCAUACCAUUAAUUUAACAACAACAAUAACAGGUGAAACGGUAUGAGGAUAUAUUGCUUGAGAACCACUGUUUUCUAACAUCUUUUGUUUCUUGGUUUUUCUUCAUCUCAAAAGACUAAUACAAAUUCCUGAUAGUUUUUUAUUUUUACCAUCAAAACUUGUAUGCAUGAUAAGUGAUGAUCUUGCUGACAUAUCUGCUGCUGUGAUUUUUUAGUUUUGCUUGCUGCUGUUCUUCCAUGCAAUAACAAAAUCAUUUACAAAUAUUAUCACAUAACAGAAUGACUUCUGUCUUAUUUGCAAGACAAUCUCUUAACUAAAUGAUCACUAAUUUUACUCUUUGCAUACAUGCACAUGCAGUCCCCUUGUACAUUCAAGCUAAUCAUGACUAUGCAUGACAAACAAUCAGGCAUUUAUAGAAAUACACAGCACUGUUGAAUGAAUAGGGAAAUGCAUUGGACGUAGAAACAUAUAAACCACAAAGAUCUGCUUGAGUAUAUACAGAUUGCACAUUAAAAUCCAUUGCCCUCAUCUAUGACAAACAAAUGACUUUGUGUUCGUUUAGGGUGUACAUAUAUAAUAUUAUUUGCAUAUAUUGAACAAAAAGUGUUAUUUGGGACCAUGUUGAAUCUUCUGUCAAUUUUUAAAUCACUGCAUAUUAAAAGCAACAAGCAAGAGGCAUGGGCUUUAAAGCACAAUGAACUCUUUCCAAUUGAAAAUAUGCUUGAUAUCUUUCCAGGUGAUUUGUACAUAGUCAAGUACUAUGUCUUUGGGUCUCCAAAGUAUAUUUUCAAGGCUAAUUGUUUAUUUUAUUAGAUAUUUAUAUUGUUGUUCUAUAUCACAUUAUACUGUACUAUAUGCAACACUGGAGGAAGGAGAAAGAAAAUGGCUUGGACUGAUAAAGGUCUAUCACUAA